AUGAGACAUAUUAUCAGCGGGUGUAAAAGACGGAAGAAAGACGGAAAGGGAGGAGAUGGCGUUAUUUCCUGCCUCUCCCAUGCAGCGCGCCGGUGCGGAAGGGAGAUAGCUGACAACCAUGAGCUGAGAAAACGCAGUGGCGGAGCUUCACUUUUGCGGUCCGUCCCUCCGCCGUCUUUCGGACUCCAAGCUAGAGUUGGUGCAAGAGAGAGAAGUCGCAAGUGUGCCCUACAGUGUUGCGUGUUCUCUGGAAGUAGCGUCAGAGGGCACUUUGUAAAGACCUCAGAAGGGAAAUUCAUUUAUGAAGGGGGCAUCAUUACUGGAAGAUUGAUUAGAGAAGGGAUGACAUAUGAAGAACUACAAUGCAUGGUAGCUCAUGAUGUGUGGCCAGGGACUCGUGAAUAUAAAAUGAAGUACACAGUUAGCUUUGACCGGGAUACAUUCUUGGAUCUUGUUGACGAUAUUGGUGUUGGACAAGUAAUUGAGUACAACAAUAGUAGUGGCCAUGUUUAUGUUUGUGAGAAUGAGAAGACUUCACACAAGUGUCACAGCUGGACAGUGUUAGAUGAUUUGGUUGGCCCUUGUGGAAUGUCAGUAUCUGCAAUGGAAUUGGAUCUAGACACAGACAACAUAAACAUAUCUUCCGUACAAGAUGUGCCAACACUGAUAGGAAGUGUAGGUAUGGAAACGUUGCCAACCCCAAUAGCGGUGAUGAAUUCAUCAAAGUGGGCAGAUUUGUUGAUGUCAAGAGGGCAAACCUUUGUUAGUGCUGAACAUUUUAGAGAGGCAUUAUAUAAGUAUAGCCUUGCACACAAGUUUGGUUACCGGUACGUAAAGAAUGAUAGGCAUAAGAUGAUUGUGAAGUGCUGUGUAGAGGGUUGUCCCUGGGAAAUUUCAGCAUAUGGUGUAGGUGAGAAUAAUGGAUUCCUAGUUGUGAGAAGAUUUAACUAUGAACACUUGCAUUAUGCACAAGACAACUUAGUUGUCCCUCAGAGAAAGAGGUGCAAACUUGCUUCAGCAGUCAUAAUAGAUGAGUUGAUUUCUUGCAUGCACAAAGCUCCAAAUGACAUUAGACGGGAUUUGGAAAGAGAGUAUGGGUUGAGGCUCAACUACCAACAAGCAUAUAGGGCGAAAGAGAAAGCAUUGGAAAAAAUUCAUGGUUGUCCGCAGGAGUCUUAUAUGCUAAUCCCUUGGAUAUGUGAAAGGCUGAAGGAAAGUGAUCCAGAAACGGUAGCAAAGUGGGUUGCAUCAUCAGAUAAUAGAUUUCAAGCUGUAUUUAUUGCAUACGGUUGCUGUGUAGAAGGGUUUUUGAAAGGUGGCAGACCUGUAUUAUAUGUGGAUGGAUGCCACUUGAGUGGUCCGUACAAAGGAACGUUAUUGGGAGCACAAGCGUAUGACGCGGAUAAUGAAUUAUUCCCACUUGCAUAUGCGAUUGUUGGAGGUGAGACGCUUGAUGACUGGGCAUGGUUUCUUGGUAACAUAAAGGAUAUUACGGGCUCAUUAGAAGUGACAAUAGUAUCGGAUAGACACAACUCAAUAAAAGGUGCAGUGCAAGCCGUGUUUGGAGGAGAUCGACAUGCUUUUUGCUACCGUCAUGUGAAGGAGAAUUACAGUGCUGAGUUUUUGAAGAAAACCAGGGGAAAGAGGAGGACCAGCGGACAGACAAAGGAAGUUGCACUAAAAUUACUUGAUUCUAUUGCAUACGCAAGACUUGAUAGAGACUUUGAUUGCAGUAUGGAAAAGCUAAUGGCAUUUUGUCCAGAAUUAGGACAAUGGCUUCAAACAAAUGGAGACAUUGACCGUUGGGCACAAAGCAAAUUUCCUUACAAGAGGUGGGACAAUAUCACAACAAAUCUAGCCGAAUCCUUUAAUGCUUGGCUUGUUGGUGAGAGGAAGCACAACAUAGCUGUCUUGAUACAUGAGCACAGGGAAAAAUUGGCAAACAAGAUGUACCACAGCAAAGAAGCCAUGACGAAUUGGAGCAAUGGUGUGGGACCUAAGAUAGAGGAAAAGUUGAUGGAUCAUGUGGCCAGAUCAGAAAGAAUGGAUGUGCAAAAUUAUGGAAUGAACAAUUUUAGGGUCAGAUGGGGAAACCUAGAUGUGCGGGUAAAUCUUGUGUUACGUGAAUGUACCUGCAAAGGUUGGCAAAUACUCAUGAUUCCAGUUGAGACCCAUGACAUCCCUAGGCCAGAUUCCCUUCGAUAUGAAGAUUACUCGUCCACCAUCUUCCUACAACCACCAUUGACAACUCGGCGUGCUGGAAGACCCAGAGGUAGGAGGAUUGAAUCACAAUUCCAGCAGAAGAAAGCGUAUCAUUGCUCAGGAUGUGGUGAAGCUGGUCACACUAGAAAGAUUUGCACUAACCCGAACCCUGGGUGA